AUGUCCUUUAACAAAUCAUCAAUCAAAACUGUUGACUGCAAAGGAAAGCGCGUUUUGAUGCGGUAAGCCAUACUUUUGUUUGAUGUCAGUUUAGUCCAAAUAGCCUUUUUUAAUUCACCUUAGAUAUAUCGGUCAUAUUUUAGCGUCUUUAUAAGUUUACUUGGGUAAUCUUACUGUUAUUAAGAAAAUGCCAUGUCUUGUUUUCAGUGUUGACUUCAAUGUACCACUGAAGGGGAAAGAGAUCACAAACAACCAAAGGUAUCUUGUAAAAUAUUGCAGACGUGCGGUUGGUCGCGUACCUGUGUAAACAGUACCCCACCCACCUACCCGUCCCCUAUGGCACUGUCCUGUCCCCCAUGCCACCUCAAAUAGUGGGCCAAUAUUGGUUCUAGAUAAUGUGAACGCUCAAAGAAUCCGCGUUUUUAUUUAUUUAGUUAUUUCUCCAGGUGUAGGGAAAUUAUUUUCCUCUUUUUUUCAAUUGUGUUUGUUUUUGUUUGUCUAUAUGUUUUUAAAAAUUGCCGAAAUCUCAAUUCUCAACAUUUAACUUUUUGUUAUAGUGAAUGUAAAUGGUAUAUAGUGGACUAUAAAACAAUGUACAAAUGACCAAAUUAAUGGAAUUCAUCUUUUCUCUUCUUGCAAUUUAUUUCUGUAGGAUAGAAAGAAUUUGUUAUUUGAAAAUAAUUUCCAACAAAUGUUCCAAUUAGGUUUUUGUUUGUAGACCCCUUGUAGAGGUCAGAUAUUUAUAAGGCUGAUUAACCACUUGUAUUAUUGGCAAGUGUUCAACUGUGGAUAAAUGAGUGAAAAAAGAUUACAACAGUCAUUCUGUCUAUAAUUUUUCUAUUUUUCUAAGGAUUGUAGCUGCCCUGCCGAGUGUCCGUCAUUGUUUGGAUAAUGGUGCUCAAAGUGUGGUGUUGAUGAGCCAUUUAGGAAGACCUGACGGCAAAGUAGUCGAGAAAUAUUCUCUGGCCCCUGUUGCUGAUGAGGUGAAAAAAAUAUUACAAAGGUAAAAACCAAACAUUUUGACCCAGUUAUUUGUAUAUGUACGCUCCCUUUAAUUUUUACUUUUUUUGCUCAUGAAUUAUGUAACAUUAAUUUUCUACAUAUACAGGGAUGUGACCUUUCUUCCUGACUGUGUGGGUCCUGAAGUGGAGGAAGCAUGUAAAAACCCAAAGGCUGGUAUGAUGCUUUUAACUUAGAAGAGGGUGGGGGCAGUUUUCAGAAACCCUGUUUUUUCUUGUGGGUCAAUCAUUCCAGUUGGCAUAUUGCUUUAUCUAAUGCUGAUAGCUGAAAGAAGUACAGCCCUGUUAUUAGAAUCCAAAGUUACUACAGCUUCUGGUUGACAGUUUAUGUGGGUGUUGCUUUAUACCUUCUGUCAUUAUCCAGGCAAGUGCCUCUCUCUCAGUAAGGGUGGACCCUUAACUCUGAUGGCAAUUGAAGGGUUGCAUUGAGUAAGUGACUCCAGGCUUUUGUAAUGCCAAAUUCUUCCUUUGAUUUACAAAGGUGUACAUGAAAAUUAGAAGGAGAAUUUAGUGGUUUAUGAGAAGCCCUUUGGGAAAAAGUCCAGCCACUCCUUCAAUAUGCAUGCUAACAUAAUUUGCCAUUUACACUUUGCAUUAUUUUUAUUAAUAAUUUAUCAAGGCUCAGUGAUCUUGCUGGAAAACCUACGUUUCCACAUUGAAGAGGAAGGCAAAGGAGUCGAUAGUGAAGGAAACAAGGUGCUACAUAGUUUAUAGCAAUAAUUUUGUUUAUAUUUAUAACAUUUUUUUGUUUGAUUACUUUGUUCAGGAUUUUUCACACUUUUUUCUUGAUACUGUCAGUGUGGGCACUGUGCUUUUGCCUCUUGUAGGCCAGUUAAUGCUAUCAACUGAAGGUUCAUGACAAUUUACUUAGGGGGGAAAUUGGAUUAAAAUACAUGGUAGCAUUCCAUCUAGAUUUAAGUAAUGCACUCCCAGGUGCUUACUUUAACAGAAACCAUGUUGCAGGUGUAUUCAUCCAUGGCUAGCAAUAUCGAUAUCAGAACUUUCAAGUUUUUAUCAUAAAACUGAUAAAAUAGCCAUUGGGAGUAGAUGCCUUGGAACUGAAGGAAAGUGCCAUUUAGCAUGGUGUGGUUUGACAGAUUAUCUACCAGUAAUAACAUGAGCUAGCAACAGUUUCUUGGUUGUGUGACAGGUUAAGGCAAGCAAAGAGGAUGUGCAAAAAUUCCGUGAUUCAUUAGCAAAGUUAGGAGACAUUUAUGUUAACGAUGCUUUUGGCACUGCUCAUCGAGCUCACAGGUAGAGAAACAACAUUUUUAUUCCAUUAACCACUCUGUUAUUCCAGCAUGUUUGUGAUUGAUUCUGCUGUGUGUUGUAUGUAACCACUUGAACAAACAAAAACAAAAUUGAUAUUUCUUUGCAAAAUUUGACUUUGCUUGGUACACAGAGAUGCAAGCUUUUGUAUUCCUUUGACUGUAGUGGCCAACUUAUACCAGGCUUUUUUUGUAUUAAUGUUUUUGUAGCUCUAUGGUGGGUGUUCAGCUGCCUCAGAGGGUUGCUGGAUUUUUGAUGGAGAAAGAGCUGGUCUACUUCUCCAGGGCAAUGGAGAAACCUGACAGACCGUAUCUGGCUAUCUUAGGAGGGUGAGUGUAAAAUGGCAUUGAAUAUAAUUACCUCCUCAACUCAAAUUCCUUGCCAGUAUCAACAAAAUUCACUUUGCUACAACUUUAUUCAUUAUGGUUAUCACUUAUUUUUGAGCCCAUUUUUUUUACUUCAUAUUUCAUAUUUACAAUUUUAGGCCAAAAUAAUGGACUCUACAGCACGGCCUUACUCUGUCCCACAAAAAAUGUAUGAAUAUCAUAAUAUUAAACCUUCAUUAAAAAUAAUAUUUUAUAAAGCUCUGCUUUCACCUUUUGCUUUUUACUCUAGUGCCAAAGUAGCUGAUAAAAUUUUACUUAUUGAGAAUUUACUGGAUAAAGUGAAUGACAUGAUCAUUGGUGGUGGAAUGGCUUACACAUUUGUCAAAGUUCUUCAUAACAUGGAGGUGAGUUGCAGUUUUGAGCUUUAACUUUAGAAAGGUCUGAAAAGAUGCAAUCGUAGAGAAGAAUAUCAUGGCUCUUAAUCGCCCAUGCUUAGAUCAGUAAAGUUCUAAUUGAUAAUCUUAUCCUUGCUAAUGAAAUUUAAGGUAAAAUUUAAGAUCGUCCAAAAAGCAAUUGCAACCCAUUGGUAAUUUGUAACAGUCACCGUAUGACUGACAAAAUUCAGGCCAAUGGUGCAGUAAUCCUCCUCCCCUUCUCUUUUCAGUGUUCGGUUUCAUGGGUAUUUAAGGCUACGUAGGGCAACACAGAAAGAAAAGAAUCAAAUGUGGAACCUCUUACACAGAAGGCUGUGCACUAACCUCUGCAAUGAUAGAUUCCAAUGAAGCACUGACUUUCAGUUAUAAUCAUUUCAAACAACUUCUUUCAUUGUUGGUAUUUGUGCUUGUGGUUUCCACCCAUUUAUAGUGUCUGUAGUAACUACAAAAGCUUGUUUGUACUGGUAAAUCAACUGUUGAUUUACCAGUACAAACAAGCUAGCUGCAAUAAUUUCUUUUUCAGAUUGGAAAGUCACUGUUUGAUGAAGAAGGAUCAAAAAUAAUCCAGAAGAUUUGUGAUAAAGCCAAAGAAAAGGGAGUGAAUCUCCAUUUACCAACAGAUUUUGUCGCUGCUAGUAAAUUUGCUGAGGAUGCUGAGGUAACAGUUUAGUUUAAUUAUUUUUAUAGCAUAGUGUUUAUGCUCGAAAUAGCCAAGGACGCUGCAGGAAAACAUCUUGAUUUUUGUUUCUCUAAUCAGACAAUAGUGCUUAAUGUUUUGUUGAUUAUUUUAUAGACUAAGCCAGCUAAUCUUGAAACUGGAAUUCCUGCAGACUGGAUGGUAAUUAGAAACAUUUGUGUAGUUUGUUGUUUUCAUCUGGCAUCUACUUGUAUAUUUACAGUUUAUGUAAUCUGUUUCUUAUAUGUUUGCAGUGGGUAACAUUUUAGCUUUGAGACAAUGUUUGCGAUAGUCUAUUUGUACUUUUAUUUGGUCAUAACUUUGCUGUUUGCUAUUCUAUGCAAGUAUUACUGACUGAGUUUCAACUGAAUAAAAAUAGUCCAAUAUGCAUUUUUUUUUCCUGAACAAGUCUAAGCACACAAUGAUCACCAUUUCUGUGAAUAACUCUCUAUAGGGACUGGAUAUUGGGCCUGAAAGUGUCAAGAAAUUCAAGGAAGUAGUGAUGCAAGCUAAAACUAUUGUUUGGAAUGGGUAAGGCUGAGUUGUUUUCUAUUCAAUCUAGAUAACUAAGAGACGAAAAUAACUUCAACUUUUACAGAAGUCAUUAAAUAAAAGUUGUGUGUGUAUGUAUAUUGCAGUCCAAUGGGUGUCUUUGAAAUGGCUAAAUUUGAAGUAGGAACCAAAGGUAUUAUGGAUGCAGUUGUGGCAGCAACAAAAGCUGGUGCCUCGUCUAUUAUAGGUACGUUAACAUUCAGAGGCCUGUCUCUUGCAAUUCCCAAUGGUUUAACAGUGGCCCAGAAAGCUGUUGUUUACAUUCAAGACACAUGUUUCAAUAGUUUUGCAAAUAUUAUGAUAAAAAUGUCAUUUACUUUAUUUACUUCUUAUUAUUCACCCUUUUACCCUUAAUUACAGCAAGAAUAAACCAAACCUGAGAAUUGGAGUGGGUGUUCUUGUGUGUGGCUACGCUGGGCAGUGUUUUCUUGAAUAAGUGUACUGAGUGAAUGAGCAAUUGAAUAGAUCAAAACACUUGUUUUUUGAAACUAAAAAUAAGAUAGUGGGUCGGGUUAUUAGGAUGUCUCUGUUUCUUUCUCCUAUUUCUUUUACUUACACCACAAUCACUGUACAUUAAUUCAGUGGUUACUGAACAUUAUUGUUAGGUGGAGGUGAUACUGCAACAUGCUGUGCUAAGUAUGGUACAGAAGAACUGGUCAGUCACGUCAGUACUGGGGGAGGUGCUUCCCUUGAGCUCUUGGAAGGUAAAUAUCUUUGAUUUUCUUGAUCUAGAGGAAUAUUAUUAAGAAACUAAAUUUUGCGUUUUUUAUGUCGGUUGUGUGGAAUUUUUUAUGUCGUCUGUUUGAAAUGAGGAUUGUGCCGCUUAGCACACAUGGUAAUCUUCUGUGGCCAUACGAAUUCCACAAAAUAAAACACAUAAGAUCAUAGAACACUAUCGCUACUCCUGCUAGUAUCCUUGUUUUCCAUGCUGUGAAUGUAACUACUGCUUGCCUGUAUAAUUUACUCUAUAAUGAUGGUUUGUCCAUCUUAAAGUGUCUGCAGUACGUAGUAUCCAAUUAUGCAGGAAAUAAUAUGAUAAACUAUAUGUAAAUAAUAAUUAUUUACAUAUUAUAGUAAUACUUUAUUCCAUUCCUUGGGAUCAAAGCUGAAGAAAAAUAUGUGUUGUUUUAUUUGUAGGUAAGACUCUCCCAGGAGUGGCUGCUCUUUCGGACGCAUGA